AUGGCCGGUUCGAAAGAGACUCAACGGAUCGAAGAGUCUUUAGAACUACAGGAGAUCGAUCAGGAUAUCUUCAAAUCGAUCAAGCUCUGGAAGUUCACUCGUGGUGUGGGCGCUUUCGGGGGCAACAUCAUUGCGCAAGCUGCUCAUGCUGCCACCAAGACUGUCCAGGUCGGAUAUCAUCUCCACUCUCUUCACUGUUAUUUUAUAAGUUUUGGGGAUGUGGACAUCCCGACGGGAAUCAUCUACCUAGUGGAGCGGAUCCGGGAUGGGCGAUCGUAUGCGACCCGAGCGGUGAAAGCGAUCCAAAGGUCACGCUGCAUCUUCAGCCUGAUGAUCUCGUUCCACAAGCCGGAAGCCAACCAACGAGUCUUGGCGACCAGGAUCGAUCUGGCGGCUAUCAGCCCGCCCGAGGACUGUCAGCCCGUCGAAACCAGACUCCAGAUCUACGUCGACGAGAAUAAGGCCUCCUUCAAACCGAAAAUGCUCGAGUAUCUCGAGCGCGAAAUCGAGGAAAACGCCUUGAAUGCUAUCGAACAUCGCAACACUCGCUCCAAGAAAUUCGAUCCUUCAGCUGAUUACGAAACUUCUGCUCCUGACUCUUAA